CAUAAACUUGGAUAGUCAUCCAUGUCCACUUGUCGGAUAAGCUCGCCAUGUGACCAAAUCGCAUUCCUUCUCCUCUCCUCUUUCCUCUCGCGAAGACGGAGCAACGACAGAACUAGCAACUUCCAUUCAGUUCGUGCCCGGAAACGAUGGCGUGGUGCACUCGUUACAGAGCCCGCUGGAUCAAUCUCAACCGCUGCUUCGCCAGCUUGACCCCGAGAUGGAAUGGUGGCAGCGAAGUCGCGUUGGAGAGCUUUGAGGACUCCCGGGUUACUUUGGCUCCUUCGAAAGAGAGAAUCGAGGUGCCCCUGCCGGAGGAAAUAGGUUCAUCUAGAAUUACUGGAAAGGAUGUGGCAAAAUCAAAUGCUGAUGGUGGCUCGGACAUGUUCGAUGAGAUCAGACAGAGGUUUCUAGAGUUCAAGAGCAACAAAUUCUUGAAGGAGGCGGCGCAUUUUCAGAAUCUCGCUAGAGCUCAGUCACCAAAGUUCCUGGUGAUUGCUUGUGUAGACUCUCGGGUGUGCCCGACUAAUGUACUCGGACUCCAACCAGGAGAGGCCUUCAUGGUGCGUAAUGUCGCAAAUCUUGUUCCGGCGAUUGAGUUUGGACCAUCGGAAACUGGCGCUGCUCUUGAAUUUGCAGUGAAAUCUCUUGAAGUUGAGAAUAUAUUAGUCAUAGGCCAUAGUCGAUGUGCUGGAAUUGAAGCCCUCAUGGGCAUGCAGGAUUCGAAUACAGGAAAUUAUGUAGAGAGAUGGGUCGUUAAUGGAAAAGCUGCCAAGCUACGAACGGAAGCAGCUGCGCCACACCUUAGCUUUGACCAGCAAUGCACGCAUUGUGAAAAGGAAUCCGUCACGCAGUCUCUAAACAACUUGCUUACAUAUCCAUGGAUAAAAGAAAGAGUCGAGGAUGGACUGCUUUCCAUCAGCGGAGGGUACUAUGAUUUCAUCGACUGCACGUUCGAGAAAUGGAGUCUCGACAUUGAAGGAAGCGGUGCCACCGGAGGAAAGAGAUACUCAACGAAAGAUCACCAGUUCUGGCGCUGAGAUAUCUUCCUCCAGUGUGUCCUGGAAAUUGCAAUGCGCAUUGCAUGUAAAUGAACUGUGCAGUAUUAUCGGAAUGUGGCUGCACAGAUGGUUGAACUUUCUGCAGAUUGUCCUGACACAAUAGGAGGCGAUGAAAGUCGACGAUUUAGUGACCAAUGGAAGCCAAUGAGUCGAUCUGUUUACCUGUAAAUUGUAAUGUGAAAGUUAUAUAAGGACCUCGGAGUUCACCAUCUUUGCAAUCUCAAUUUCUAGCUUAAUGUUCAGAUUAAUCCAUGAAUA